GGGCUCCUGCGCCGUCACGGCCCCUUGCCCGCGAGCGCGCCCGCACGCGCUUCCCGCGCUCGCACCGCCACCGCGCGCCCUCCCUCGCGCUCGGGCGAGGCGUGACGUCACAGGCGGCCACUGAGGAGCGGGGCGGGGGUGGGGGGGGCGCGCGCAGGUGCAUCCGCUUCCCUCAGGGCGCCUCCCGCCGCCGUCCCGGGGCAGCGCCCGGGGAAAGGGUGAGGGGAGGGGAGAGGGAAGACCGGAGGAGGGCGCGGAGGCAACGCCGUCACCAGAGGAGGCGGUGGCGGGGAAGAGGAGGAGAAGAAGCCGGCGCGGAGCCUCGCCUCAGCUCGCCUCGCCUCACAGCCCCUCCGCCGUCCCCGCCUCGCCGUCCACGGCCGCCGGAGUCACCGGCGGCCGCCCGUCCUCAUGAUGGCCUCGACCACCUGCACACGCUUCACCGACGAGUACCAGCUCUUCGAGGAGCUCGGAAAAGGGGCGUUCUCCGUCGUGAGGAGGUGUAUGAAAAUCACCACAGGACAAGAGUACGCUGCCAAAAUUAUCAACACCAAAAAGCUUUCAGCUAGGGAUCACCAGAAACUGGAGAGAGAAGCUAGAAUCUGUCGCCUCCUGAAGCAUCCUAAUAUCGUGCGGCUCCAUGACAGCAUAUCAGAAGAAGGAUUCCAUUACUUAGUCUUUGACUUAGUCACUGGAGGUGAAUUGUUUGAAGAUAUAGUUGCAAGAGAGUAUUAUAGUGAAGCAGAUGCCAGUCAUUGUAUACAGCAGAUUCUAGAAAGUGUUAAUCAUUGUCAUCUAAAUGGCAUAGUUCACAGAGACCUGAAGCCUGAGAACUUACUUCUAGCUAGCAAAUCCAAGGGAGCAGCAGUCAAACUGGCAGACUUUGGAUUGGCUAUAGAAGUCCAGGGAGAACAACAGGCUUGGUUUGGCUUUGCUGGUACUCCAGGAUACCUUUCUCCAGAAGUGUUACGAAAAGAUCCUUAUGGAAAACCUGUGGAUAUGUGGGCAUGUGGAGUCAUUCUGUACAUCCUCCUGGUGGGAUACCCUCCCUUCUGGGAUGAAGACCAGCACAGGCUUUACCAGCAGAUCAAGGCUGGUGCUUAUGAUUUCCCCUCCCCAGAAUGGGACACGGUGACUCCUGAAGCAAAAGACCUUAUCAAUAAAAUGCUCACCAUCAACCCAGCAAAACGUAUCACAGCAUCAGAAGCACUAAAGCAUCCAUGGAUCUGUCAACGUUCUACUGUUGCCUCUAUGAUGCACAGACAAGAGACUGUAGAUUGCUUGAAGAAAUUCAAUGCAAGAAGAAAACUAAAGGGGGCCAUUUUGACAACAAUGCUGGCUACCAGAAAUUUCUCAGCAGCCAAGAGUUUACUGAAAAAGCCGGAUGGAGUUAAGAAAAGGAAGUCCAGUUCGAGUGUUCAGAUGAUGAUAAACAACAAAACCAACGUGGUAACCAGCCCCAAGGAAAAUAUUCCUACCCCGGCGCUGGAGCCCCAAACUACAGUAAUCCACAACCCUGAUGGAAAUAAGGAAUCAACAGAGAGUUCCAACACGACCAUCGAAGAUGAGGAUGUGAAAGCGGGCAAGUCCAUGAGAAAUGCAAACUCAGAGAGUCAAUCGCUUGAGUCUGAGCUCUCCCACUCCACUCCUUCCUCUGUACUAUCUCGUAAGCAGGAGAUUAUCAAGGUGACUGAGCAGUUGAUUGAAGCCAUCAACAACGGGGACUUCGAAGCUUACACAAAAAUCUGUGAUCCAGGCCUUACGUCUUUCGAACCUGAAGCUUUGGGUAAUCUGGUAGAAGGGAUGGACUUCCACCGGUUUUACUUCGAAAAUGCUCUGUCCAAAAGCAACAAGCCCAUCCACACGAUCAUCCUGAACCCUCACGUGCACCUGGUGGGCGAGGACGCGGCGUGCAUCGCGUACAUCCGCCUGACGCAGUACAUGGACGGCAGCGGCAUGCCAAAGACUAUGCAGUCCGAGGAGACGCGCGUGUGGCACCGGCGCGACGGCAAGUGGCAGAACGUGCACUUCCACCGCUCGGGCUCGCCCACCGUACCCAUCAAUGCCUAGCGCAGAGGGAUCCCACCACGGCUCCAGCCCCUAGAUGCUACGCUAAAAAUAUCAGCGGUGCCGCUCUUGCAUUUUCUGUACCCAACGCACCUGGUUGAUUACCAUCUUGGCCAUCCCGUUCUCUUCAUGCAUGUUUCUGAGUGCAUGAAGUUGUGAAGGUUCUUCAUGUAACACAUUUGUGAUGCACCACGUUGCUGUAUAUUCCAUCUGUACACUGUUAACAUUUCAAUGAAGGUGAUGUUCCAUGCAAAUAGAGAAUAACAAGGUGUAAAAGACAAAAAAGAGAUAUUGGAUGGACAGCAGUAGACACACGAUACAUUUGUCACUUGCUCCAUUUAUGCCAAGUUUUGACAAACAACUUUAAAAUCUUAACGCGUUUAUUAAAAAAAAAAAGAAAAAAAAAAAGAAAAAGUAUGUUUUACCUUCUUUUUUUAAGAACUGUUUUUUGACUCCUCCUUUUCUCCUGAGUCCCAGGAUUUUGCUUUGGUUCUGGUAGGAAUGGUUAGGAUUUCCGCUGGCAGCUCCAUUACUGUAAAACAGAUUUUUAUCCUAGAUGGACAAAAUCACUGAUAAAUGGGGAAGUGUUAAUAUCUUGGCUUUGGACCAGCUGCAGCCUUCUUAGUUUAUUAGUCGAUGUAAACUGGAAAAAUCUCCUCAUUUGCUGGCCUGGCCACUCCAGAAUUAAGUGUCAGUGUUCUGGUGAGUCAGCAGCUUCCGUUUUCCUUUUGAGUCCUUUUCGCUUUCUUAUUUUGCUUAACUGAACGAUUCUGUUGGAUGAUUAAGCAAAAUUAAAAAUUGUAAGGAACUAAGUGAUAAUUGAGAGACAGUUUUUGAGGAUUAAAAUGGAAGGAAAGAGAAAGAUUUUUAUCGCUUUUAGGAUGUACUGUAAAUUUUUUAAGGAGGCUUUAAAAAAUAUAAUAUGUGGGUUAAUGUAUAGACCAGUUGUGUGGAUAAUAUACUUAAGAAAUAUUAGGCCUUAAAGCGAAGUAUGAAGAGUUUACUUACAUUACACUGCUGCUGUUGCUGCUCUGGAAAUGAAUUAUGGAGACACCGGUUUUCCGUGGGACCCUAACACUUUACCACAGGUUUGUGUGUCCCCCUCUUGCCCUCAAUCCGCUCGUGGUUUCUCAAGCUCCCCUGGCAGCAUUCAGUAAUGCUGCUGGGCUUGUCCCAGCUCCAGGCUGAGGGAGGAACGCUGUGCUGGCAGCAUGGAGCACAAACUUUGCAACAGGGACUAGUUCUCCUUCCCUCACCUUGCUGUAAAAAUACACCCGCGCAGGAAUUUCAGUUUCUUCCCUCCCGCUGUUCCAGGGAAGCCCAGGCUGGGCUGCUCCUGUUCUCCCUGUGGUUCUGUUAGCAGCAGGCUCCUGCUCCCUGCAGCGCUGUACAGUGCAUGGUAUCUGAGUCAGUGUCCUUUUCAGCCCUCCAAAAUUUACAACUCGGCAGCCGUAACUUUUUAAAAUGGGAAAGCUUCCUAAUUUGUAUCAUUUCACCUUUCUGUGUUGAUUACUAAUCAGAAGCAGUUCUUAAACAUGUUGAUGUUGUUACUAGUGGAUGUAUGGUAGAUGGACUUAAGCUUCUCUGAUAAUUACUACAUGAUUUUAAACAAUAUAUAUUUAAAGUAAGCAUCUACAAUAAAUGUGUUGAGCCAUAUUAACCUGCCAAUGGGAUCUGUGAAAAAAGUAAUGGCCUCAUUUUUUUCUCAUUAAUUUCUUUUCCUUUUUUUUUCUCUUUUUUUUCUUUUUUUUUUCCUUUUUUUUUUUUUUUUUUUUUUUUUUUUUUUUUUGUGAAGCGGCUAUAAGUGGCAUAACUGUAUUUAAAAUUAACAAAUUAGGUGUAGGGUGUUUUUUUAUACUUCUAUCAUAGCAUGUGGUGUUGAUGUAUUACUGUAGACCAAGUUUGUCUUCCACACCAAGACGUGAGGAACUUGUGAUUUGUUCUCUCCACCACGACUGAAUUAUACACUUCUGUCAUUUUGGAACACUGCAGUUUACCAUGGGACACAGUGUACAUAUUUCUUGCCAUAAUGGUAAAUGAUUGAUAUAUUUAAGGAUUAAUAAAUUUGUGAUUUCUGCUGA